GGAGCCUGUGAACGUGGGAACGUUUGUGGUCGCUGCUGGUGCUGCUGGAGUGAAAAUUGUUUGACAGGGAGGAGAGGCGACCUGUGCACGGGGAUAGAAAGGAGAAGUUAGUUUAUUAAUGUGUCGGUGGAAGUUUCCGAGUCAACGGGGAGGCAGAACCGAGUGCGACAAAUGCUUCGUAUGAGUCUCAGCAACAGGGCACAGAGCGAAAUGUCAGGGACUGUUUCAGCCUUGAGCAAAGGGAAGCGCGACUAGUCCACCGCAACGCGGAAAAUAUUCAGAGGGAAGAGAAUGCGAAUGGUGCGAAGAUACCGAUAUCAAACAAAAUGGAAACGAUGUAGCGUCGCUGCGGCAUUUCAUAUAGCUAGAACUAACGUUAGAGUAGAAAAUAGAUAGCCAAGGAGCUAGCAGGUUAACUAACAUACAUGUAAAGUUAUUCCCCGGAGAAGCUGAAGCAGAGCCUGGAGGCGUCUGUUGACACGGAAGAGUUCAUCAGUAUUGCGAAAUCAAAGAAGAUAAACUAAAAGAUGCUUCGGAGAGGACUGAACCGUCUGCUCGGUGGUGACGAGAGAAGAGUAGACAGUAGGACUAUCUAUGUUGGUCACCGGCCGUGUCCUGCCAGUGAGCCUUUCAUCCCACCCAAAUUCUGUGAUAACAGGAUUGUGUCCUCCAAGUACACAGUGUGGAACUUUCUACCAAAGAACCUGUUUGAACAGUUUAGAAGAAUUGCCAAUUUCUACUUCCUUAUCAUCUUCCUGGUGCAGGUGAUAGUAGACACCCCCACCAGCCCAGUCACCAGUGGCCUACCCUUAUUUUUUGUGAUUACAGUAACUGCUAUAAAGCAGGGCUAUGAGGACUGGCUACGGCAUAAGGCUGACAAUGAGGUGAAUAAGUACCCAGUGACAGUGCUAGAGGAUGGCCGGAGGAUACGAAAGGAGAGUGAGAAGAUCAAGGUUGGGGAUGUCGUCCAGGUGGAGGAAGAUGAGACCUUUCCCUGUGAUUUAAUACUGCUGCAAUCUAGUCGAGAUGAUGACACAUGCUUCGUUACCACAGCAAGUCUGGAUGGGGAGUCCAACCACAAAACACACUACACCGUGCCAGACACAGAGAAGGAUCUGGAAUCUCUCAACGCCACCAUCGAGUGUGAACAGCCACAGCCUGACCUUUACAAGUUUGUCGGCCGUAUGCACAUUUACAAAAACAAUCAGGAGCCUGCAGUGAGGUCUUUGGGCCCAGAAAAUCUCCUGCUGAAAGGGGCAACUUUAAAAAAUACCCAGAAAAUCUGUGGUGUUGCAGUUUACACUGGCAUGGAGACAAAAAUGGCUCUCAACUACCAGGGAAAGUCUCAAAAACGUUCUGUUGUGGAGAAGUCUAUCAAUGCCUUCCUUCUGGUUUACCUUUGCAUAUUGGUGAGCAAGGCUCUAGUUUGUACUACGCUUAAAUAUGUGUGGCAGAGUAAGCCUGGGCAGGAUGAGCCUUGGUACAAUGAGAAAACCCAGAGAGAGAAGGACACCAAUCUGUACCUAAAGAUGUUCACUGACUUCCUGUCCUUCAUGGUGCUCUUCAACUUCAUCAUUCCGGUGUCCAUGUAUGUAACGGUUGAAAUGCAGAAGUUUUUGGGAUCCUUUUUCAUCACAUGGGACAAAGAUUUCUUUGACCCAGAAAUUAAGGAGGGGGCACUAGUCAACACUUCGGACCUUAAUGAGGAACUGGGACAGGUGGAAUAUGUCUUCACAGAUAAGACCGGCACCCUGACUCAGAAUAACAUGGAGUUCAUAGAGUGCUGCAUCGAUGGCUUCCAGUACAAAUACCGGGACGCAAGCUCAGAGUUGGAUGGUUUCUGUGUCACAGAUGGACCUGUGAGCAAACUACAGCAGAAAGCUGGCAGGGAGAAAGAAGAGUUGUUUCUGCGCGCCCUGUGUCUGUGCCACACAGUCCAGGUGAAGGAGUCUACAGAACAGGGUCAGGACCAAGUGGAUGGGCUGACAGACCAGCUGGAUGGCCUGGGGGUGGAUGGAGAGUUGUCUCAACCACAAGAGCAGCAGAGAGGCUUUAUUGCCUCUUCACCUGAUGAGAUCGCCUUGGUCAAGGGUGCCAUGAGGUAUGGCUUCACAUUUCUGGGUCUUGAAAGUAAGACCAUGAAAAUACUUAACAGGAAUAAUGACGUUGAAAAGUAUGAACUGCUUCAUGUGCUGAACUUUGACCCAGUGAGAAGGCGAAUGAGUGUAAUAGUCCGAUCCACAUCAGGUGACACAUUGCUUUUCUGCAAGGGAGCAGACUCUUCCAUCUUCCCCCGUGUCCGACAGGAGGAGGUUGAGAGGAUACGCAUGCAUGUAGAGCGCAAUGCAACAGAAGGAUACAGGACGCUUUGUGUGGCCUACAAACAUCUGAGUGCAGUGGAGUAUGCCCAGGCAGAUGCAGGACUGAGGGAAGCCAGGCUGGCUCUGCAGGACAGAGAGGAGAAGCUCAUGGCUGUUUACAACCAGGUGGAGACCGGCAUGAGUCUGAUAGGAGCUACUGCUGUGGAAGACCGACUUCAAGAGGAAGCAGCUGAGACUAUGGAGGCUCUGCAGGGUGCAGGCAUUAAAGUUUGGGUCUUAACAGGUGACAAGAUGGAGACGGCAAAAUCCACCUGUUAUGCUUGUCGAUUGUUUCAGAGGAAUACAGAAUUGUUGGAGCUAACUGUUCGAACGCUGGAAGAUGGAGGGAGGAGGCGUGAGGAACGGCUACAUGAGCUGUUGUUGGAGUAUCACAAGAAGGCUGUGCAGGACGCACCACCAGUGAAAGCAGGCGUCACCAGGAGCUGGUCUUCAGCCAACCAGGACUACGGUUUUAUUGUAGACGGAGCCACCCUGUCCAUGGUUUUAAACUCCUCCUCUGACUCCAACUCCAGUCGCUACAAGAACCUGUUCCUUCAGAUUUGUCAAAACUGCACUGCUGUGUUAUGUUGUCGCAUGGCUCCUCUACAAAAGGCACAGAUUGUUAAAAUGGUCAAGAACUCUAAGGGUAACCCUAUCACCCUUUCGAUUGGAGAUGGUGCCAAUGAUGUCAGCAUGAUUUUGGAGGCUCAUGUUGGUAUUGGUAUUAAGGGUAAAGAGGGUCGACAGGCAGUCAGGAACAGUGAUUAUGCCAUCCCCAAACUCAAGCACCUGAAGAAACUGUUGCUGGCACAUGGACACCUCUACUAUGUUCGCAUUGCUCACCUGGUGCAAUAUUUCUUCUACAAGAACCUUUGCUUCAUCUUACCUCAGUUUUUGUACCAGUUCUUCUGCGGCUAUUCACAGCAACCCCUGUAUGAUGCGGCCUAUUUGACGAUGUACAACAUCUGCUUCACCUCUAUGCCCAUCCUGGCUUACAGCCUCUUGGAGCAGCACAUCUGCAUUGAAGUUCUGUUGGACAAUGCCACCCUCUACAGAGAGAUUGCUAAGAAUGCCAUGUUGCGAUGGGGGCCCUUCCUGUACUGGACUAUACUAGGAGUCUUUCAUGGAUUGCUCUUCUUUUUCGGUGUUCGAUAUUUGUUCAGUAACCCAGCACUGCAGGAUAACGGCCAGGUUUUUGGGAACUGGUCAUAUGGAACCAUUGUCUUCACUGUCCUUGUCUUCACUGUUACACUAAAGCUUGCGUUGGACACACGGCACUGGACAUGGAUCAACCACUUUGUAAUCUGGGGCUCCUUGGCUUUCUAUGUGUUUUUCAGCUUCUUCUGGGGAGGAAUAAUAUGGCCUUUCCUGAGGCAGCAGCGUUUGUACUUUGUGUUUGCAAACAUGCUGAGUUCAGUGUCAGCCUGGCUGGUCAUCAUUCUGCUCAUCCUGCUCAGCCUACUGCCAGAGAUCCUGCUUGUGGUGUUCCGCAAACCCCGCGGCCCCCACUCACGACAGAAGAAGCUGGUUCAGUCGAGCGUGGGGGGCCUCCAGUCUCCCAGGUCUUCGGCCAGGCCCCUGCUCAUGAGAACGUUUUCAGAUGAGUCCAAUACUGUCAUUUAAACAGCUUUCAGAAGGUGGCCUCCUACAAACAUCCAGAUCGCAGCUGUCACACCAAUAUCCUAUAAGAACCUGAAGGGGCGCGAGUGAAAAGCAGCGAGGACUCGCAUCAACCAAGGCAGCAGCCACAUUCAGGGUCCAUCUGCCAGUCAGGUCAAAGCAGUCUGCCAUCUUUCCUGAAGAAGAAGAGAAAGAGGAGGAGGAAAAACCUGAAGAAAAAGAAACGUACUGAUUUAAGGAUGAAAUGGGGUUCAGCACUCUUUCGACCUGUUGGUGCUGCAUUUAUCUACUCCGUCCUUUUCUGCCCAAUUCUCUCCAACGCAUGCCUGCAGAGCAUUGCCCUGCUUUAUUUUUAAAUAUCUACUCAGAUGACGGGCAUGAGUUUUUUGCAAUUACUUUUACUUUUUAUUUUUUUUAUACAAGCUUACAAAUGAAUGCAAACACGACUGCCUUGUCAGUAGCUCAAUCCAACUGCUGUGUUUUAACAAGCAGUUACAAUAUCCCCUCUAAGAAUGGUUCACUUGCAUGAAUGAAGGCUCAAAAGAAUGCUUCACUUCACUGAUGCUCAGUCACUGUACUCUGCAAGUUUUAUAAGACAUGAUGAUCCCAUUUUUAGCUGUAUCACUUUGAAAAUUGAUUCGACUUUGCAGUUAAUACACUUUUCACAUUUCAACGGUUAUUUUUAAACGGUUAUAAAGCAUUUCAGAAAAUGCACUCAUCCACAGGUCAAAAUCAUUAAAGAUGGAAAGUUACUGAAUGUGUUUUGACCAUCGCAGAGCAGCAAACAGAUUGUUAAAACACUUUUCCAGUGUCUAGUUAAUUGUGUGACUUUUUUCCAGUAAGAAUCUGCAAUCGCUACUGAAUACUAAGAUACCAGAAAGGUUAAAGGAGGCCAUAUUACCACUCAAUCCAAAAAGUGUGUGUGUGUUUAUGUAAGAUUGAGAAAUAGAUUAGAGAUGUUGCACAUCCUUUAGCAAUGGAACAUUGCUCAGAGUGUAACCUAAAUCUUCCAACCUCAGAGAUAAUUUAAGAGACUACACCUCAGAUGAGUAAAUUAAUAUAUGUGCUGUACUGUAUAUAUAGCUUAUACAUGUAUGAUAUUAUCUGCUCCAAGCCAAAAAGAUUAAGUCUGAAACAGACACAAAAUACUCAACACUGUCCAAACAAGUGUGAUCUGAAAAGACAAGUCAGUGUGUGUGUGUGUGUGUGCUACAUAAUUGCGUCCAAGUGUGCUGGAUAACAAUAGCCAGAACUGAAUAAAAACCAGGAUUACUUGAACCUUGAGAUGUAGUACGGUUAGACAUUUUCUGCACUAUUAAGGAAACUGGUUUGUUCAUUGCUUAGGUUGUCACAAAGGCAUGCGAACAUAUGUCUGAACACACACAUCACAUAUCAGACAGAUUACAAUAACCACACAGCAUACAAAUAAAUGCACACUGCACUAAAGCCUAAAUGAGGUAUUUAUGUUCAUUAUCCAUUUUGUAGUUAGCGUCAUUUUUCUGAGACAGGCUGAAGUUGGACUGUAAAGAUGACCAGCUUCAGCCCUGCAGAUUGAAUAUAGUUAAUGCCACUGUGAGGCUCUGCGCUCCACCUCCUUUCCACUGAUGUUUGUUUCAUCUACUGACCUUCAGGAUGGAGAGAGCGGACCGUUGGGCUGUUGUUCCUUCCUUUAACUUGUGUGUAGUGCUUUAUACAUUCCAUUUAAACAUGCCAUGAUUUCUGACACUUUUAGAUAACUGUUUUGGAAUAUUUGUUUCUUUUUUUCACAAACAUGUAUUGUCUAUUUGGCAUAUUUAUUGUUAAGUGUAAUUUUACUCACAAAUGUUAUAUUUUUAUUACAUGAAUCUUUUUUAUUGCGGAGAGUGAUCAGCUUUGUGCCAGUUGUUUUCGCCUGUGUCAGCCAAGUCUUGAUGUGAGCCCGUGCCAAUCCCAUUUGAUAGUCUUUGUCAUAUAUACAAAGACAGGCAGCCCCCAUCACACUCUUAAGAUAUUUAUUUAUUAGUUGGUUUUAUAUUUUAGUACUUAAUACCCCAAACUCUGAAUAUUAGUGAAUUACUUUCCACAACUUGUUUUUACUCUGUUAACUGUGGCUUGACAUAUCUGUGUUUUAAUAUAAUCAUAUAAUCAUCAAGUUAAUGCCAACUCGGAUAUAAAUGCGCAUAUAUAUCAUAAACACGCCUUUUGUUUUAUCUGUUUUUAUAUUAAAUUUGUCUGUUGUGUGAUAGAAGAGAGAAGAGGUGGUUGUUUAUUCUGUGACACAUCACCUCCAGACUGCACUGUGCCAGAGAAAUGUAAUAACUGAGAGGGGCUGCCUGCUUUGUUAAAGAAUAAAAAAAAAAAAAACCUUUAAAUGACAUCAGAGAUGCUAUUUUCAGAGCUUAAAAUAUAUUUAAUUCUAAC